AUGGACGGGAGGACUGCGGAAACCGGGGAUGACGGGAGGACGAGUGAGGAAGCGGCCGCUGGCCUCUGUCUGCAGCUUGACCUGGGGGACACCGAUUCAGCCAAGAAGGCUCAGAUAUCAGAGAUGCCAUCCCCAUUUGGAGUUGGCCCAGGCCAUGAGAAAAAGAUAGGCCACAGGAGGGUAGAUGCUUCUGGAGAAACAACAUACAAGAAGACUACCUCCUCCGCCUUGCAAGGGUCCAUCCAGCUGGGUAUCGGAUACACUGUAGGCAACCUCAGCUCCAAGCCUGAGAGAGAUGUGCUGAUGCAGGACUUUUAUGUGGUGGAAAGCAUCUUCUUCCCCAGAGAAGGCAGCAACCUCACUCCUGCUCACCACUACCCAGACUUCAGGUUUAAGAACUACGCCCCUGUGGCCUUCCGCUACUUCCGAGAGCUGUUCGGGAUCCGGCCAGAUGACUACUUGUAUUCUAUAUGUAAUGAGCCACUGAUCGAGUUGACCAACCCAGGAGCGAGUGGCUCCAUAUUCUACGUGACCCGCGAUGACGAGUUCAUCAUCAAAACUGUUCAGCACAAAGAGGCAGAGUUUCUACAGAAACUACUUCCUGGUUACUAUAUGAACUUGAACCAGAACCCCCGGACUUUGCUGCCAAAGUUUUUUGGCCUCUACUGCGUCCAGUGUGGGGGCAAGAACAUCCGAGUUGUUGUCAUGAACAAUAUUUUACCGCGCUCUGUACGCAUGCACCUCAAGUUUGAUUUGAAAGGCUCCACAUACAAGAGGCGAGCAUCCAAGAAGGAAAGAGAGAAGUCAAAACCCACUUUCAAAGACCUGGACUUUCUGAAGGACGUUCCUGAAGGCCUCACCAUGGACCAUGAAACAUACAGCGCUCUGGUCAAAACUCUGCAGAGAGACUGCCUGGUUCUGGAAAGUUUCAAGAUUAUGGACUACAGUUUACUGCUUGGGAUCCACAACAAGACACAAGCAGAGCGAGAGCGUGAAUCUCAGGGCUCGCCCACAGGGGGAGGGGACGAGAAGAGGCGGGCAGCUCAGAAGGCUCUGUACUCCACCGCCAUGGAGUCCAUCCAGGGGGGCUCCACAUGCAGGGACACACUGGACCAUGAUGACACUAUGGGUGGUAUUCCAGCUGUGGGUAGUAAAGGAGAGCGGCUCCUGCUGUUCAUCGGAAUCAUUGACAUCCUGCAGUCCUACAGAGUGAUCAAGAAACUGGAGCACUCUUGGAAGUCCCUCAUCCAUGACGGGGACACAGUGUCAGUUCACAGACCUAGCUUCUAUGCUGAGAGGUUCUACGGAUUCUGCAGCACCAUCGUUUUCAAGAAGAGCAGCUCAUUGCGAUCGUCUCCCUCUAAGAGAGGACGAGGGGCUUUCUCCAUGUCCAAGUCCAGCGGGGGAACAGGUUCAACCGGGCAGCGUCCCUCACUGACCGAUGAGAGGCAGGAAAACCUGGACAACUUGGAAAACCUGCGAGGGGCGCGCAGCUUCCACAUGCUGGAGGACAACGGGAGAGAGCCCCCCUGCACCCCCCCUUCCUUUGAAGAUGCUACCACAGCCUCCAUCGCCACCACGCUCUCCUCUAACAACUCCUUACCCACAACCCCCUUCGACACACCAGAGCACCCACGCUCCAGGAGACAACUGCAUUCCCCAAGUGUGGCAAGGGUGCAGAGAGAAGUAGUCGAGGUUCAUGAAGAAAAGCAGGACACCAUCACAGUGGAGGUGGAGCUCAGUCAAAUCCCAAAGAGCACAGAGCUGACACUGAUGACGGAAAAGUCCUCGCCCAGUGUGUCACCUGAUCCUCAGCUCCACGCCAUUACUCCCUCCACCACUCCCUCUAUUACACCAUCCUCCACCCUUCCUCCUCCCUGUGUGUCACCCUCCUCCUCCGCUGCUCAGUCAGAGGAGCAGUCAUCCUCCACCCUCUCUUCCUCCAUCUGUCCGUCCACCAAACCGCUCACCUCUCCCUCCGCCGCCGCUCAGCCUUCCUCCCUCUCUUCUCCAACUUCUCAUCCGACGAUGCAAUCCACUCUCCUCACCUCGGCACCAAACACCUCCGCCCCCCCACCUGGCUCAGCCUUUACUCCCAUCUGCCCCGCAUCCUCCCACUCCCCCACAGAGAGCCCCCCUCACCCGCUCACCUCGACCCCCCCUCACCCGCUCCCCUCGACCCCCCCUCACCCGCUCCCCUCCCACCCUCCGAGCCCCCAGGUGCCUCAGCAGGCGCCACUGCGUACACCGUCCAAUCAGCUGUCUGUGUCCAGCAGCCACAACUCAUUGGACGGGGAGUUGCAAGUGUCCGACAUCUACUUUCAGCAGACUCAGGAGGACCGGGGCUGGGUGUACUCUCCUCUGCACUACGGCUCUGAGUCCAGGAGGGACUCAGAAGGGGAGAUAACUCGGUGGAGACAGCAGUGAUGGGUGGAGCCAAAGCCUCCAUAUACUGAAGCUUUGAGCUUUUAAUAACAAAGCCACCAGGACGCUAUGGGAAUGAAUGCUGUUCGCCCCUACUGCAUGUGGAGCUAGCCAUGCCAACAGGGAAUUCAAAAGAAAAACAAUAUAAUAAUCAUGCUUACACUUGCAUAUAUUUAAACAAACAUAAAACAAUAAAUAUAUUAGGCUAAAACAAUAUAACUCCUGGACAAUCUAGCUGUCAUCAAGCAGAGAAAUACGGUUGCGUCACAAUCAGCUGAGUGCCGCUGUGAGAGGUGGCUGUUAAUCAGGUGUUGCUCUGCUUCCUGCUGUGGACGCUUAUAGCGUCUGUGAGUCACGCGGCACUGUGCCAGCUCUGGCUAUGCAAAAUGGGCAUACUUGUUAUUGAUUUCUCCCUUCGACUGAUGCAUCAGAGUUUAUUCAUGCAUUUAUUUUUCACUAGGGUCAUGUCAAAGCUAUACAUUUUUAUUUGAGCACUUUAUCAAUAUACACGUGGCUGAAAUCGUUUUGUGUUUUGUCAUCAGUCAUUGUUGCAAAACUUAAACACAGUAAAUGUUUUGCGUGCUGUGUGCACAGGGUUCUGUUCGUCCAGCGGUGCGUGUUGGUCCACUUAAGAAACUCUGAUCUGACAAUGAAUGGUUGUGCUCAAAAUGCCUUAUUGACAAACUCAUUUUCAUAACGUUUUUUUAAUAUUUCGGGCUCAUGUAAUUAUUCAAAAACAACUUUAAAAAUAAAAAUAUGCAAAGUUUGCAUUUACACCUUUUUAAGGAUUUGAAAUCCAUUGUUCAAGAAAUACCACAAGAAAAGAAAAUGUAAUUAUAUUUUAUAAAUUGUAGAUAAACUUUGUGUGUGCUGAAGCACAUGUAUUAGAGUCUGUAUAUGCCCUUAUGUCUCUGUAUGCAUGUGUUUGCAUGCAUAUUGAUGUGUGAUUUGGAGUUCUUUGUCCUGCCUAUUUGUCAAAAAGUGUUAAAAGUUGUAACUUCCAUUUGUUGUUAUGGCCAUGAAUGUCUGAACCAGCUAUAUGCAUGUUGGCUGUGUAAGAAAAAGGAAAUAGUGUAAAAGAACUGAAAUAACCUCAGAUUUAUAUACAGUUUGGUCAUAAAAUAUUGUUGCCACAGUCAGUACCUCCCCUCUUCCAUACAUUAAGAUUCAAGAUUGACCAAAAUGAAACUUCUGACUGUGGACGAGCACUGCUGUAACAUAUUACUGUGUUGUUAAGUCUGAAGUGUACCUGCCUGUGUAGGCAUCAGUGUGUGUAGCUGAUCACUGUGUAAAAGAAUAAUAAAAAAGUAUAUUGUGUAAAAAAGAUGUAAUUAGUUUUUGUUGGAUUUUUAUAUUUUUGUGUAUUAUACAGACUCAAAAGACAGCUGAAAAUGAGAAAAUAUUUAGCUCUGAAAUGUAAUAUGUGUUAUUGGUCCACUAGAUGGCACCACAUGUCUCAGACAAAAACAGCCUGUAUUGAAUUCCUACAAUUUUGUGCUUCUUGAAAAUGCAAUACUCUUUAAAAAGGGUUCUUACGCAGUAAGGAAAUGUGCAGAAAGGUUACGUUUUGGUAAUGUGAUUACUAAAAGACAAAAAA